CGUAACGUCAUGAACAAACAUGGCAGCUGCUGUCAGGAUGAGGACGUGGAGGUUUCCAGGCUUAGGACUGUUUUAUCAAUGGAUGCUGUUUUUCAUAGCUUUACACAGUGGUAUACAUGAAGCAGCCGCAUCACCAGAAACAGGGAAAUGGACCAUUGAGGUUACUGAUGAUUCCAGGCCACUAAUAUUAAAGAAAGCUAUGUUUAAAGACACAGAUGUUGUCCUGAAAGUUGUGUCUUGUAGUUGUUCCAAGGAGGUGAAAAUAACAAUCCACUGGCUUUUGAAAUAUUACUCCUGUUACAAUGAAUAUAAUAAUAUUGAGGAGAUGUAUGAAAGGGCGCCACUAAGCCACGGGGAUAACCUGGACCCUAAACCUAACGCGCCGGGCGAGUACAUAGAACACAUACACAGUCCGGUACCAUGCAAAAAGGACCCACUCUCCUUAACUGGGCUCAACAAAGCCAUGGCUAAACCACGUCCUGCAGAGAGUAAGAAAAACAGCGACCCAGAAUGGAUUUCAGUCGAGUACAACAUGAACAGCACCAAAGCGAACGUUAUAGCUACUACAUGGAGGGACGGGCCUUACCUGCUGGUUGUUAAGGUUAACUCCAGUAUAAAGGAGGCCAAAUGGAAUUUAACAGUCAAUGUGGUGAUGAAAGGCAGCCAUGGCUUCAUUUCUAUCACAGAGUGGCCGCUCAUGAUCUUUUACAUGGUGAUGUGUGUGGUUUACAUCCUGUACGCCUUGCUGUGGUUCAUCUGGGCGGCCUGCUACUGGAAAGAUCUGCUGAGGAUCCAGUUCUGGAUAGCAGGCGUCAUUUUCCUCGGCAUGGUGGAGAAGGCCGUCUUCUGUGCUGAAUAUGAAAACACCAACGGCGUCGGCUCGGCUUCUCCUGGCUUGUUGAUCUUUGCUGAGUUGGUCUCUGCUCUGAAAAGGACUUUGGCACGACUGCUUGUCAUCAUCGUCAGCCUUGGCUAUGGCAUUAUAAAGCCAAGGCUUGGAACAGUGAUGCACAGAGUCGUGGGACUCGGCAUCCUCUACUUUGGAUUCGCAAGCGUUGAGGGCGUCUUGAGGAUUACAGGGACCAAAGACUCAGACUUGGCCCUGUUGGCAAACAUUCCCCUGGCUCUGCUUGAUUCCUCUUUAUGCUGGUGGAUCUUUGUCAGCUUAGCACAAACCAUCAAGACUCUGAAGCUGAGGAGAAACCCAGUGAAGCUUUCUCUCUACAGACACUUUACAAACACGCUCAUAUUUGCUGUCAUUGCAUCUGUCAUCUUUAUGGUUUGGUCUGCUAAAAAGUUGCACCUUGCAAAUUGCCAGUCUGACUGGAUCGAGGUUUGGGUGGAGGAUGCUUUCUGGAGAUUCCUGUUCUCCUUUGUUCUGCUUGUUAUAAUGUUUUUAUGGCGGCCUUCAGCAAACAACCAGAGAUAUGCGUUCACACCUCUCAUCGAUGACUCUGAUGAUGAUGAGAUUGAGUUCAUCGCAUCUUCAAACAUUGCCGAUGGUAUAAAGUUGAGAGCGGCUAAAACUGAGACAAAUGGCACUGCAAAGCUUCCAGAAACAAACCCGGAGGAAGAUUUGAAAUGGGUGGAGGACAACAUUCCUAGCUCUCUUACUGAUGUAGCCCUUCCAGUCCUGCUCGACUCAGACGAGGAAAUUAUGACGACAAAGUUUGAGAUGUCAAAGCUGGAGUGAUGAAGUGAUGGAUA